AUGGAUCCUAAUAUGAAUGGUUCUAGCGAAACAUUACAAGAGAAACAGGGUUUCCUAGACAAAGCUCUGCAGAGGGUGAAGGGCAUAGCGCUGCGACGAAACAAUAGCAGCAAAGACCCUAAAUCAGAUGACGCUCCAAGUAGUAUACAAACUCCUACUGGCUUACAGUCAGAGGGUUUUGACAGGCAGUCAAAUGCAUUCUCCGUGCUUACAGACGACAUUUGCACCAUAGACAACACCUCGAUAUUAUUUUCAGAGCCUCCUCAGAAACAGUCCAUGAUGAUGUCCAUAUACGUAGGUGUAUUUGUUGCUGUUGGCGGGUUUUUGUUUGGUUAUGAUACAGGCCUAAUCAAUAGCAUAACAUCCAUGAAGUACGUUAAGUCGCAUGUGGCACCUAAUCACGAUUCUUUUACCGCUAAAGAGAUGUCCAUCCUGGUGUCAUUUUUGUCGUUAGGGACUUUUUUUGGGGCUUUAACUGCACCUUUUAUAUCUGAUUCGUAUGGCAGAAAACCUACUAUCAUUUUUAGUACACUUGUCAUAUUUUCUAUUGGAAACUCUCUGCAAGUAGGAGCCGGAGGAAUAACGUUAUUAAUCGUGGGAAGGGUCAUUUCAGGGAUUGGCAUAGGUGCAAUUUCAGCUGUUGUGCCGCUUUAUCAGGCAGAAGCUACGCAUAAGUCGCUAAGAGGUGCCAUUAUUUCCACCUAUCAAUGGGCAAUCACUUGGGGUUUAUUGGUGUCAAGCGCAGUGUCUCAAGGGACACAUGAAAGAAACGAUGCAUCUUCAUAUCGAAUACCCAUUGGAUUGCAAUACGUUUGGUCAUCGUUUCUUGCUAUUGGAAUGCUUUUCCUGCCAGAAAGCCCUCGUUAUUACGUCUUAAAAGACAAAUUAGAUGAGGCUGCUAAAUCUCUAUCAUUUUUGAGAGGUGUUCCUGCUCAUGAUUCUGGGUUGCUAGAGGAGCUCGUUGAAAUAAAGGCGACUUAUGAUUACGAAGCGUCAUUUGGAUCUUCCAACUUCAUAGAUUGCUUUAUCUCAAGUAAAAGUAGACCAAAGCAGACUUUAAGAAUGUUUACAGGGAUUGCCCUUCAAGCAUUUCAACAAUUCUCCGGUAUCAACUUCAUAUUUUACUACGGUGUGAAUUUUUUCAACAAGACAGGGGUCAGUAAUAGUUAUUUAGUUUCCUUCAUUACUUAUGCUGUUAAUGUUGUCUUUAAUGUUCCUGGUUUGUUUUUUGUGGAAUUCUUUGGUAGGCGUAAGGUUUUAGUUUUUGGCGGUGUAAUCAUGACCAUAGCUAACUUCAUUGUCGCCAUCGUUGGUUGUUCGCUGAAGACUGUAGCAGCUGCGAAAGUUAUGAUUGCGUUCAUCUGUUUAUUCAUAGCUUCCUUUUCCGCCACAUGGGGUGGUGUCGUGUGGGUUAUCUCAGCAGAAUUGUACCCAUUGGGUGUGAGGUCUAAAUGCACUGCUAUAUGUGCUGCGGCAAACUGGCUUGUAAAUUUUAUUUGUGCUUUAAUUACCCCUUACAUUGUGGAUACCGGCUCUCAUACUUCAUCAUUGGGUGCAAAAAUAUUCUUUAUUUGGGGAUCCUUAAAUGCAAUGGGAGUAAUAGUGGUUUACUUAACUGUUUAUGAGACUAAGGGUUUAACCUUAGAAGAGAUUGACGAAUUAUACAGCAAAUCAUCUUCUGGGGUAGUUUCGCCAAAAUUCAAUAAGGAUAUUCGAGAACGCGCAUUGAAAUUUCAGUACGAUCCUCUACAAAGAUUAGAAGACGACAAGAACAAUUUUAAUGCUAAAAGAAAUAGUUCUGAAGACCAAACACCGAGAAAUAAUUUUCGAAAUACAACAGCAGGGGAAGUGAAUCAUAGUCCCAAACAAGAACAAAUUCAAUCGUUUCCUGGACAUUCUGACGUGCCAAAUACUACUAAAAUAACUCAAGGCAUAAGCGAAGAUGAUGGUGUAACAGUUCCUGUCAACCCUUCCUUGAAGGGCAUUUCAGUUCCACAAGCAGCUGGAUCUGUCAAAAUGAAAACUAAGUAUGUCGACUUAGGAAAUGGUCUAGGCCUCACCACGUAUAAUAGAGGUCCUCCGUCCCUCUCAAGUGAUUCAAGCGAAGACUAUACCGAAAAUGAGAUAGGCGGGCCCUCAUCUCAAGUUGAUCCAAGUAAUAGAAGUACCAUGAAUGAUAUUAAUGAUUAUAUGGCUCGUUUGAUUCACAGUAACUCCACCACCAGCAAUGCCACUGAUAAACUGUCCGGUAACCAAAGCACAAUUCGCUAUCAUACGGCAUCUUCCCACUCAGAUACUACCGAAGAAGGUACCAAUUUGAUGGAUCUGGGAAACGGGCUCGCCCUGAAUGCCUAUAGCAGAGGUCCACCAUCAAUUUUAAUGGAUUCCAGUGAUGAAGGUGAAGAUGACGAUGAGGAGCCAAAUGAUGAUAUAAACGAAGCUCAAGGCAUAGGUGCUAUGAAAGAACGUAUGGCACAGUUUGCCCAGAGCUAUAUUGACAAGGAAGGUGGUCCAGUACCCGAAACUUCAUGUUAUGGUUUGAACAGUUCUUUCCCCAUUUUGGCUGGUGAUGAUGAAAGUGAUAAUGGAAGUCUUAAUUCGAAUGAACAAACUUCAACCAGGCGUCCUGUAAAUGAAAAUAAUAAUUUAAAAUAA